GCCACCCCCCUCCUUAUGGGGCACAUGUCUGCUUCUUACAACACCGAGGCACAUGGUUCCAGUUAGGCACCGAACCCCACCAGGACGGAGAGGAAAUCCACAUCUGUGGGACGCUCCGCACGGAAUCACCUCCAGCGAGGGAGGCCGGGGGACUGCAGCACCGAGAUGAAGGGCUAGACCGAGGAAGGCUGCUCAUGCGACGGCCGGGAGCGCCUGCGAGCUGGAUCUGGUGGAGGAUGCUGCGGCAGGUGCUUCGCAGAGGGCUCCAGUCGUUCUGCCACAGGCUGGGCUUGUGCGUGAGCCGGCACCCGGUCUUUUUCCUCACCGUGCCCGCAGUCCUGACCAUCACCUUCGGCCUCAGCGCGCUCAACCGCUUCCAGCCCGAGGGCGACCUGGAGCGCCUGGUCGCUCCCAGCCACAGCCUGGCCAAGAUCGAGCGCAGCCUGGCCGGCAGCCUUUUCCCCCUGGACCAGUCCAAAAGCCAGCUCUAUUCGGACUUGCACACCCCUGGGAGGUAUGGCAGGGUGAUCCUCCUCUCCCCACCCGGGGACAAUAUUUUGCUCCAGGCUGAGGGGAUCCUGCAGACCCACCGAGCCGUGCUGGAAAUGAAGGAUGGGAGGAACAGUUUUAUUGGACACCAACUGGGCGGGGUAGUGGAAGUGCCAAACAGCAGGGACCAGCGGGUCAAGUCAGCCAGAGCCAUUCAAAUCACCUACUACCUCCAGACCUACGGCUCUGCCACCCAGGACCUCAUAGGGGAGAAGUGGGAGAAUGAGUUCUGUAAGCUUAUGAAGAAGCUCCAAGAGGAGCACCAGGACCUCCAGCUCUACUCUUUAGCAUCCUUUAGCCUCUGGAGAGACUUUCAUAAGACCAGCAUCCUGGCCAGGAGCAAGGUCCUGGUGAGCCUCGUGCUGAUCCUGACCACAGCCACCCUCUCCAGCUCCAUGAAGGACUGUUUGCGCAGCAAGCCCUUCCUGGGCCUCCUGGGGGUGCUCACGGUGUGCAUCUCCAUAGUCACUGCAGCAGGGAUCUUCUUCAUCACGGAUGGAAAGUACAACUCCACCCUGCUGGGAAUCCCGUUCUUUGCCAUGGGUCAUGGAACUAAAGGAGUAUUUGAGCUUCUGUCUGGAUGGCGGAGAACCAGAGAGAAUUUGCCCUUCAAAGACAGGGUAGCAGAUGCCUAUUCUGAUGUGAUGGUCACCUAUACCAUGACCAGCUCCCUGUACUUCAUUACGUUUGGCAUGGGUGCCAGCCCAUUCACAAACAUAGAGGCUGUGAAGGUCUUCUGUCAGAACAUGUGUGUCUCCAUUCUGCUAAACUACUUCUACAUUUUCUCCUUCUUUGGCUCCUGUCUGGUCUUUGCUGGCCAACUAGAGCAAAACCGCUACCACAGCAUCUUUUGCUGCAAGAUCCCUUCUGCAGAAUACCUGGACCGCAAACCUGUGUGGUUCCAGACAGUGAUGAGUGAUGGGCAUCAACAGACAUCCCAUCAUGAGACAAACCCCUACCAGCACCACUUUAUUCAGCACUUCCUCCGUGAACAUUACAAUGAAUGGAUUACCAAUAUCUAUGUGAAGCCAUUUGUUGUCAUCCUCUAUCUCAUUUAUGCCUCCUUCUCCUUCAUGGGGUGCUUGCAGAUCAGUGACGGAGCCAACAUCAUCAAUCUACUUGCCAGUGAUUCCCCAAGCGUUUCCUAUGCCAUGGUUCAGCAGAAAUAUUUCAGCAACUAUAGCCCUGUGAUAGGAUUCUACAUUUACGAGCCCCUUGAGUACUGGAACAGCAGCGUCCAGGAGGACCUACGGAGACUCUGCAGUGGGUUCACUGCAGUGUCCUGGAUGGAGCAGUAUUACCAGUUCCUGAAAGUUAGCAACAUCAGUGCCAACAACAAGAGUGACUUCAUCAGUGUCCUACAAAGUUCAUUUUUAAAAAAGCCGGAAUUCCAGCAUUUUCGAAAUGAUAUCAUCUUCUCCAAGGCAGGGGAUGAAAACAACAUCAUUGCUUCUCGCUUGUAUCUGGUGGCCAGGACUAGCAGAGACAAGCAGAAGGAAGUCAUAGAAGUGUUGGAAAAGUUGAGGCCUCUGUCCCUCUCAAAGAGCAUCCGAUUCAUCGUGUUCAACCCCUCCUUUGUGUUCAUGGACCAUUACGGCUUGUCUGUCACAGUGCCUGUUCUGAUUGCAGGCUUAGGUGUUCUCCUGGUGUUAGUCCUGACUUUUUUCCUAGUGAUCCACCCUCUGGGAAACUUCUGGCUAAUUCUUAGCGUCACCUCAAUUGAGCUGGGCGUUCUGGGCUUAAUGACAUUAUGGAACAUCGACAUGGAUUGCAUUUCUAUCUUGUGCCUUAUCUACACUUUAAAUUUCGCCAUUGACCACUGUGCACCACUGCUUUACACAUUUGUAUUAGCAACUGAGCACACCCGAACACAAUGUAUAAAAAGCUCCCUGCAAGAGCAUGGGACAGCCAUUUUGCAAAAUGUUACUUCUUUUCUUAUUGGGUUGGUCCCCCUCCUAUUUGUGCCUUCAAACCUGACCUUCACACUGUUCAAAUGCUUGCUGCUCACUGGGGGUUGCACACUUCUGCACUGUUUUGUUAUCUUACCUGUGUUCCUAACCUUUUUCCCCCCUUCCAAAAAACACCACAAGAAAAAGAAACGUGCCAAACGAAAGGAGAGAGAGGAAAUUGAGUGCAUAGAAAUUCAAGAGAACCCUGAUCAUGUCACCACAGUCUGAAGGGUAUAGACUAAUGGAUUAUUUUUCUUUUCCAGUAUUGCACAACGAUGCAGGGCAAGUAAAGCUCAGACCUCAGCUGCUUGAGCUGGCCCGGGGUAACAAGGCAAGUCAGAUCAAGAGUGAAUUAUUCCUGACACAUCAAAGUGUACACUUCCUGGGGAGAAGAGGGAAUCAAAGAAGGGGAAAAAGUUCUUUGCAACCUCGUUCUCCACUAAAGAUAAGUUUCUGGAAGUGAUCUUAGAGCUCUUCCAAGGAAUGGAUGAAUCAAUGGAGUGUUCGAAGGCCAAAAGAACCAACUGCUUUUAAGAAUAAAAUGCUUAGGAGAGAUGGAGAAGAGAAGAAAGGGGGCCUCCAAAUAGGGAAAAAGACAUAGGAAAUGUCAAAAUUGCCAUGGCACUUUUCAUAUUUGUUUUUUGAACAGAUUGAUCAAAGGAAACCUAUGCACUUGGGAAGUACAUAUUUAAUCCCGUCUAAACCAAAGGACUUCCCAAUCCAUUUUAUGUGUACAUAUGUAUGUAUAUAUGCCGUAUAUACAUCUGCUUAGAUUUGUCUUUAGUGUACAUUGACGUUUGUGUGGAGGGAGGUGUCCAUUUGCAGAUCGGCUGGCCUUUCUCUAGAAAGUCAAAUCAGCCUUAGCCAUAUGUAGACGCAUUAAUGGCCAUUCAAAAUCAACCCAAGUGUUUCAGCUGCAAGAGUAUUAUUCAACUGUGCAAUAAGCAAAACCAACAGAGAUGUGAGUCCGUUAGAUUCUACAUAUCAUGUCAAUCUUUGAGAGUCUUGCUUUGGAUGACUGAGCAAAAAACGCAAAAAGGCAUUUGAAUUAAUUACCACGUGGGCAAGGUUUAAAAUCUCGUUUUAGAGCUGAAUAGCUGAUAUGGCUUUUCAUUGGCUUUUAGUGGUUCUCUGUAUUUGCGAAGGCUGACUUGGCUGCUUUCAGAGAGCUCACCCGCUGCAGAUGAGCGUUUUACACAUGUUGUCCAUACAUAUGUGUAUAAGGGUGCAUGUGGCUUGUGUGUGUGUGUGUGUGUGUGAGCUGGGGUAUACCAUAGUCACAGUGUUCUCAUUUUAGAUGGUGAAAAUAUACUGCCAUGGAAUAUAGAUAAUUAACAUAGGAGAAAGGAGACGUAACUAGGAAACAUGUUGUAGGGUGAAAUAGAGAAAAUGGACCAUCACCACUCAUCAUGCGUCAUCAACUGGUUCUUAGCGUAAGGAAAAUAUCCUAAUCCUAUAAAGCCUAGUGUGUUCCUUGCAUUAAUAUUUGGAACAAAAACCCAGGCCACGAUCACCAUAGUAGUGGUCACUACACCUACUGCAAUAUCGUUUUGUAGCUUCUUGCAAUAUCACUGUUCUUGUUACCUGGAAAGUGCUCCUCAGUUGGCCCACCUCCUAGGGUGAUGGUAGCUCUCCACAGGUGGCAUAUUAACUGUAACUGCUGCUGGAUUCUCUCUCCAAAAAGGGACUGAGGUAAAUGUUUUCAUUGACUUAAAGUUUAAAACUGCUUCCCAGCAGAUAGACUCAGUCUGUUGGGUGCUUACUUGGAUUAAUGCUGUACUUCCUGUCCAGAAAAUUACUAGAGAAUGCCUUUUCCUAUGACAAGCAGUAAAAUAAGUAAAUUUUCAGAUAGGACUGAGCAAAUGUCCAAUGAUUAUAAAAUAUGCUAGUAAGCUCUUUCACCUGGAAGAGAGCUACUGUUUCCCACCAACUUUGGUUGUAUAUUUUAAUUGAAUUUAAAGUAUUAAAAUCUAAAAAAAAAAAACAAAAGAAAAGAAACUCCUGGACUCAGUUAAGUUCAGAAAAGCGACACAAACCAGUCUUUGGAAAUGAAGUUGAUGAAUUAAUGAAAUAACAGAACAACAAAACAAAUGUGCUUUUAGAAAUAAAGAGUUUACUAGAAUAUUAAGGGAAAGGAGAACUUUUUCUACAACUAAAAACAUUUAACAGAAUUUUAGUUUAUUGAAUGGAGUUUGUUUUUUCCUACUUUGAGGUUAUUGAGUUUCUGUUAGAAAUGAUCCAUGUCUUCUCAACUGUGUUCAUCUGAGAUCUGUAUCAAUAGAUCAAGUAUGGACAAAAGUUGCCAUACACAUAGGGUUAUUGUUCUUGCAUUAUUUGUAAAGUCAUGUCACAGAUAACCUUAGCCUUUUGCCUCCUGAACUGCUCUGCUAGGAUGAACUGGUAUUUGGCACUAGUAGACCUGCAGACCGUGAUCUCAUAUCUGAAGUAGAAGUUUCUGAGGAGUUGGUUUUUUUGGGAGGAGGAGGGAUUCUUCUUUCACAGUUAACUCAUCAUUUGUGAAGAUUCGUUUUACAUCCCUUUCAAAAGAUGCGAGGUAAUCAGCUAAGAAAUUCCAUUAACUAUCACUCCAUUUCUUUCCAAGGUGUGCCAUAUGCCAUUCAUUUGCCAAUUUUUCAAAAGCUUACCUGUUUGGGUCAUUAUUUUUCUUGAUUACCUUAGACAAUUCCAUAUACAAAUAAGAUUGGCAGGCUGAUUUAUAAGGAAAGAAUCGAACAUAACAGUAGCCAAAUGCAUACGAGGAUAGUGGCAUUUAUUGCCAAACCACUGGGGCAGUUCUAAUAUCAUGCUUCCGUAGUCUCUAUUUGGAUGGGGAAAAACAGUUCCUUUUUAAGUUAUAUCUUUAAGGACAAAAAUGACUAAGAAAAAUAUGAAUUUCUCAUUGUUCAAGUGACUAGAGGGGUGGAAUUUUGGAAGGGACAUUAUCUUUUCCAGGACACCAUGGUACUCUUUAGUGAACUGCAGCAAUAAUUUAUUGAAAUGGAAUUUCUUGUUCUGGAAGAGUUAAUAUACCACCCAAAAUUCCAUAACUCAACCCUAGGAAGUAAUUUAAGCCCAGGAGGAAUCUAACUGAGUAUCAUCUGGCCUCCCAAUCUCACUGUGAAACAGAUAUUUUCAAGAAUUCCAUUCACUGAAUGCCAAGGUACAUCCUAAAAUAUGGGAUCAUGAUUUGCAGGUAAUGCUCAACCUCUGCCUUUUUCGGUAGCUUGUAUGCAACUCCCUCUAGUUUUUCAAGUUUACUUGCGUUCUUUUAUCCAUUUGUGAAAUACUGAUGGUGUUCAAAUUAGGAACUUAUCUAGAAGAUGAUCGAUUAACUCCUAGAAGAGAAGAAACCUGUGGGAAAUAUCUCAAAUACAUAGAAUAUUUUAUUUUGUUGAAACGUGUUUAUCCCUUAAAGUGAGAGAUUUUUAAAAUUUGCAAAAACCACACCUUUUCUGAAUUUAAACUGAAUGUAUAUUGUUUCCUCCUAUCAGAAAUUGAAUUUGAAUUAGAAAGUAUCAUAAGAGCUCCGCUCUCCAAGAUGGUUAAUAAAGUUUCAAAGAAGUAUUCACCUAAAUUAUAGAAAGAGAUUUGUCUAAAAGCUAGAUUCUUAAUCUCCUAUAGUUAAAGGUAAUCAUAUGCUAACUUAACCAUGCAUAACUUUUUUUAAUAAGAGGUUAAGUUAUGCUUAAAUGUCAUCCUAUGAAUUCUUCCAGGGACCAUGAACCUCUUUGAAGGUUGUGCAUAAAUAUUCUGUGAAAGAAUUAUUCUCCACUGUGGUUGUAUCAUGUGAGUGUUUCUUUCUCAUUUGAUUUCUAUUUAUUUCCACAGAAUUUUGGUUUUACCUUGCAAGGUUAGAAGAAGAAUCAUAACAAAUGAAGCUCCUAUGAUGCUAUAACAGCCAUUCUUGAAUGUUGAAUUCAAGGGGGUGAGAGUUUUGUCCAUUUUGUAAUUACCCAUUGCACUUUCCCAUAAUAAGAUAAUCCUUCUAGGCUUGUGGUCAGAGCUAGGGAUUAACUGUUGCCAUUCAGAGAUACAUGUAUUUUUAUAAGUUGACUGUAAAUAUCAUAAUUACAGUCACAUAUUUUUAUGACCAAAUAGUUAUGAAUGCCUGGCACUAUGCAUGCAUUGUUACUAAUAGUACAUAGAUUUUUAAAGAUACUAUUUUCAUGGUUAUUGCAACUUUUAUUAAAAUUCUCAUAUCACCUAUUCAUAAAUGCCUUGUAGGUUUUGGUCCCAAAGGCCUAAAGUCCACAGGAAAUUCCAUCCCAAGGGGAACAAUUUAAAAAUUGCCUUCCCUGGGUGUCAAUGGCAGCAACCUCUUCUGGAAUGUCCUCUGGAAAAUCCUAGAGGCUAAAUCUGGCUUCCAGAUAAAGAACAUAGCAGAUUCUGUGUUAGUCAGUAAUUAAGCAUACUCUAAUAUCUUGUGUUUGCUAAUAUUAUGAUGAACCAGAGAAUACAAUUCCUUGAGACUAGAAUUUAGAUGUUGUCUCUUGUGGAUUGGAGAACUCAAUGAUUUGCUCAGCUUCUUUCUAGAGGGAUCUCUCUGUUCAGUCUAUUUUGUUCGUGUUUGUAAAUGGUAUUGAUAAGCCUUUCAAAUGUGAACCUGAAAACUGUCAUUUACUCUAAAAGGGAUUUAGAAGUAUUUUUAUUCCCUUUGAAAACAAAAAAAAAAAUGCAACAAAAAACACUUCUUGCUCUGUGUUACAAAAAAAAUUUU